AUUGAAUUAAGGCUAACAUUCCCGCUUUAGCGUCAUCGCAGCUAAACCUUAUUUUUGGAGGCUGAACUUCAACCAUAGCUCUUUAUCCUCUUGCGGACUUUAAUUGUCCAUCAAUAGCCACCAUGACUUCGCAGGAUCCUCCUCUCGAUGAAAUACAAUGGCGGUCUCCGGGAGCUGCUCAGUCAAUGAUGGGCAUACAUGAGAACUCCGUUCUCCAUUACUUUGCGAUGUCGCCCUUCUUCGACCCUACCUCGAACAAUGGAAUCAUAUCUUCACAAGCGCAAUAUAUCCCAAGUCUCAUGAAUGUGGUCGCGACGAGGGUAGCAUUUGAAGCGCAUCUGCGGACGAUGUCAGGCCUCGAGUUCAUGAUCUCAGAGCAGCCUGCUGAAAUGACACCUGGUGCUGGAACAGGAGUCUGGGUUAUUAGGAAGCAGACGAGAAGGAAGAGACACGCGGAGGAAGAUGAGAUCACUGUCCAUUCGACGUAUUUUGUAGUUGGAGAAAAUAUCUACAUGGCUCCGUCGUUGGCAGAUGUGCUAGGAAGUCGAAUGUUGUCGCUCAUGUCGUCUCUGAACAAGUUUGUCUCUUCCGCCGCAGCUCUGCCUGACUUCAGCCCAGCAAUGGGUCAUACCUACAUGCCUCCUUCCAGCGGCAAUCGGAAAACGAAUGAAUCCCAACUCGGGCAAGCUAGUAAAGAGACUACACCACUUCCAGACUCUCUACAGACUCCAAAGAAAUCCGCACAAUCCAAUGGAAGCAGCUACAUUAGCUCGCGGAUACUGGAAGAUUCUUUACUCAUAUCACUCAAGUACGGCGAUGAAUAUAUGGACGAAAUCCCAAUUACUGGGCAGCCGGGCGAAUUCCAUCUCAAAUCAACUGGACGGAAAGAUGCCAGUAAACUCAUGGUGCCAGCUCCUGGAAAAGUGUUACAGAUGCCGGGGAAAGCUCCGCCAGCACCUCCAUCACUCAAGACAGAUCUCCCACCGGAGAGGAAGGGAAGUCGCUCUGAGAAGAGUCCGAAAACACCAGGAAUGCCAAAACUGAAAAGGAGAAAGAGCAAGGCUGUAGGUGCAGGUAGUACAAGCCCAACGUAGAGGGCGGUAUGCAAACCAUAUCGGGAUGGAAAAGGUGCAUGAAUCGGCGUUUGGUAUACCCUUGCAUGGCUCGCCUUAUCGAGCAUUGGAUGACACUUCAGAAAUGAAUUAAAACUCAUGUC